AUGAACUAUUUCCCAGACGAAGUCACAGAGCACGUAUUCGACUUCGUAACAUCACACAAAGACAGAAACGCGAUAUCUCUGGUCUGCAAAUCGUGGUACAAGAUCGAGAGAUACAGCAGGCAGAGAGUGUUCAUCGGAAACUGCUACGCGAUAAACCCGGAGAGAUUACUCCGGAGGUUUCCAUGUCUCAAGUCCUUGACACUGAAAGGGAAGCCUCAUUUCGCCGAUUUCAACUUGGUUCCUCACGAAUGGGGAGGCUUCGUGCAGCCCUGGAUCGAAGCCUUAGCUAGGAGCCGCGUGGGGCUAGAGGAGCUGCGGUUGAAGCGGAUGGUUGUUACCGAUGAGAGCUUGGAGUUGCUUUCACGUUCGUUUCCGAAUUUCAAGUCUUUGGUUCUUGUUAGCUGCGAAGGCUUUACUACUGAUGGUCUUGCCUCCAUUGCCGCCAAUUGCAGGCAUAUUCGGGAUCUUGACUUGCAAGAAAACGAAAUCGACGACCACAGAGGUCAAUGGCUGAGCUGUUUCCCAGACACGUGCACGAGUCUCGUCACGCUGAACUUCGCAUGUCUCGAAGGAGAAACCAAUCUCGUGGCACUAGAGAGGCUCGUGGCUAGGUCACCGAACCUAAAGAGUCUGAAGCUAAACCGUGCGGUGCCGCUCGACGCGCUCGCGAGGUUAAUGGCGUGCGCGCCGCAGAUAGUUGACUUAGGAGUAGGGUCGUACGAGAACGACCGAGAGUCAGAGCCGUACCUGAAACUCGAGGCCGCCAUAAAGAAAUGCACCUCGUUGCGGAGUUUGUCCGGGUUUCUUGAAGCCGCUCCUCACUGUCUCUCUGCGUUUCACCCGAUUUGUCAUAACCUGACCUCAUUGAAUCUUAGCUACGCAGCUGAGAUCCAUAGCAGCCAUCUCAUUAAGCUUAUCCAGCAUUGCAACAAACUCCAACGCUUAUGGAUAUUGGAUAGUAUAGGUGACAAAGGGCUUGCAGUGGUAGCUUCUACGUGUAAAGAGUUGCAAGAGCUUAGGGUUUUUCCGUCUGAUUUAGUCGGUGGAGGCAACACAGCUGUGACCGAAGACGGUCUAGUCGCAAUCUCUGCUGGUUGCACUAAGCUUCAUUCGAUUCUCUACUUCUGCCAGCAGAUGACUAACGCAGCGCUCAUAACCGUCGCCAAGAACUGUCCGAACUUCAUCCGGUUUAGGCUCUGCAUCCUCGAGCCGAACAAACCGGACCACGUCACGUCCGGACCUCUAGACGAAGGCUUUGGAGCGAUCGUGCGAGCCUGCAAGAGCCUGAGACGGCUCUCGCUCUCCGGUCUUCUCACGGAUCAAGUCUUUCACUACAUUGGGAAGUACGCGCAUGAGCUGGAGAUGCUCUCGAUAGCUUUUGCUGGGGAUACGGAUAAAGGCAUGCUCUAUGUGUUGGAUGGUUGCAAGAAGAUGAGGAAGCUGGAGAUUAGGGAUAGUCCGUUUGGGGACACGGCGCUUCUUGCUGAUGUGAACAAGUACGAGACAAUGCGAUCCCUUUGGAUGUCGUCAUGCGAGGUCACACUCGGCGGAUGCAAAAGGAUCGCUCAGAUAGCGCCGUGGCUCAAUGUUGAGAUCAUUAACGAGAACAAUAAUAACCGGAUGGAGGAGAACGGACACGAAGGGAGACAAGAGGUGGAUAAGUUGUAUCUGUACCGGACUGUAGUUGGGACUAGGACUGAUGCGCCGCCAUUUGUCUGGAUUCUCUAG